UUUCACAUCCUCAUUGGCCUACUGAAAUACUCGAGCCUCCUCGGACGCCGUUCUUUGAUUGGUCGAUCCUCUCCUCCUGCUGACGACGACAUUGUUGUUAUUGGUCAACAGCGGAGCGAGCGCUCGAUCCCCAUUGGAUGCGUUUUUUUCUUUUCGAACGCGAGGAAGAGAAUUGUAAACGAAGCGCGUGCUUGAACAAAAUUGCAGGGUUGAAAAUAAAGCGUGCGUCUUUUCCAACCUCUUCAGCAUCGCGGCCUGAGCCAAGCUUGGAUCCUGCUCGUCACUACCGCCUUUCGAUCCACCAGUGAGACCGAGGCGCCGACGAUCCGCCUUCUCUCCAUCACUGCGUCUGUUCUCCACCAUUUUGUAGAGAUUUUCAGCCGCACCGCUGUAGCGCGUGAGUGCAGCGAGUCCCGGCUUUAGUGAGCAGCGGCGUGGAGGCUUUUGUUUGCGCUUUGACAGGGCAGUUAAACGGUGCCCUCGCUGCAGACCAGGCGCAGCCUUUCUCGCUUUUUCAUCCCACAUUUUCAAAUUAACUUCUUUAUUAAUUUGUUUAUCUUGCGGGAUUCAGGAACCUGGCAGUCGGUGUAAAUAAAUAGCAGAAGGCGCUAACUCGAGUUAGCAAACCCGCGGCUGCGUCCCUAUUGUUUUAAGCACCGUCACCGCCCGAGUCUGAAUCCCGCGUGCUCUCAAACCCACCAGCGGUUUUAAGUGUUCAGACGGUUUUAUUUCGGUAUUUAAAAUGUGCUCACGGGUGUGGUUUGUAACCGACCGGCGCAUCAGCCAGGAAUAUCCACAAGUUCAGAUCCUGCGGGCUCUGAAGGAGCGAUGCGUCGAGGACGACGUUGAAUUCCGCUAUCUGUUGAUGGACGAGAUCGUGAUAACCAUCACGGACGGACAGCUGGGUCUGCGAGUGGGGCAGGAGGUGGUGACGUCGUACCCACAGGUGGCUGUAGUGCGUGUUCCUACUCCAUGGGUGCAGUCGGACAGUGACAUCACCGUUCUGAGGCAUCUGGAGAAGAUGGGUUGCCGUCUGGUCAACCGGCCCAAUGCCAUCCUUAACUGUGUCAACAAGUUCUGGACUUUUCAGGAGCUUGCUGGACAUGGAGUUCCACUGCCUAAUACUUAUUCCUAUGGUGGCCAUGACAACUUUCGUAAGAUGAUUGACGAGGCAGAACCAUUAGGUUACCCGGUUGUGGUGAAAAAUGCUCGCGGACACAGAGGUAAGGCAGUGUUUCUGGCACGGGAUAAACACCACCUCUCUGACUUGUGCCACCUAAUCCGGCACGAGGCUCCGUACCUAUUCCAGGAAUAUGUGAAGGAGAGCCACGGGCGAGACGUGCGUGUGGUGCUUGUGGGUGGCAGAGUGAUCGGCUCUAUGCUCCGCUGCUCAACAGACGGACGCAUGCAGAGCAACUGCUCCCUCGGUGGUGUGGGUGUGAUGUGCCCUCUGAGUGAGCAGGGCAAGCAGCUGGCUGUGCAGGUGUCCAACAUUCUGGGCAUGGAUGUGUGCGGUAUUGACCUGCUGCAGUUGAAUGAUGGCUCAUUCGUGGUUUGUGAGGCUAACGCCAAUGUAGGCUUUAUAGCGUUCGACCAGGCAUGCGGGAUCGACGUGGCGGGUAUCGUGGCAGACUACGCCCUGUCGUUGCUGCCUAGUCGCCUCAGCCGUAAGAUGUCUCUGCUCUCUGUGGUGUCUAGUGCCAGCGAGACCAGCAGUGAGCCUGAAGUGUGUAUCCCACCAGAGGCAUGCCCACCCGUCCCUCCCUGCACCAUUCCUGAUGCCGUUAGCACCAUGAGCACCAGCUCCACUUCCAGUGAGAGUGAGGCGGAGCUCGUUGAGAUAACCCACGCCCAGAGUCUGCCAGACCCCGCGUUCAACAUCAACUCCCUCCUUGCAAAGGAGAUUAAUCUAUUGACUGAGUGAGCUGAAGAGAAAACUAAACCACAUGCAGUCAUACACAGCACACAUACAUAUGCAUACACAUACAGUACAUGUACACAUGCAAAUAAGCAUACAGUGGUCAAAUGCAUUCACACACACAUACACACACUUGUGUUUUUGUACUAACCCAUUCUGAAACCCUGAUGUGGAUCUGAGGCUGCUCCCCUGACAGUGACUGCAAAAGUCCAGUGUACAUUCUGACCAAGCCUUAGUGCAGGCAUUCAGUGAGUGAGUGAUUGCCACUGUAUUUCAGGGUGCAUUGUACUGCAGAGUGGUUUUAGAAUGGAAAAGAUUUGGGGAUACACACAUACACACACGCGCACACACACAAAUACACAGUAUAGUGAGAACCCACACUAUUGUGAGGCUCAUCAAGCAUGCAGUGAGGUGCAUUGAUUGAUUUAACAUGAAGGAAAAUAUCCCAAAUCCGUUUGUCUAUGUUGCUCCAUCCUGGUGUGUUUGCACCCUCUAAAACACAAACACGGACAUUCACACAUCUGCAUGUGUAAAGAAGGACUGGAAAAUCUGUACAUAUUCUCUUCCCGUUACAGUGGACUGGUGCACAGUUGUACAGACUAAGAUUGCAUUCACCGUUUUUAGCUUCAGCACUUGCCUGCAUUUAAUAAAAACGUCUUGUUGCAGAAGCAAACACGUCGGUUUGGCUAAGUAAGAUUUCAUUCUUGACCUGGAACCAGUCUUAAGUUUUUUCUGUUUUAGCUGUUUGACUUAGAAGGUGGGUAGAAAAUGGGGCAGGUACUAUAUCAGCACUUUAGCAGUUCAUCUGUUUUUAACUCCUUUAAUACGUGUCAGAAUUUCUUCGCAAUAUGCAGAGAUUAUAGAAGUUAACACCUAAAUUGAAAAUGUUUAACUGCCCCUUUAAGAAGUACAUCUUUCCACCCCUCCCCAGUUUAGUGGCUCAGUUUGGUUAAUAAGAGAGCCAUUUUAGAGAACCCACUGUUCUCUAUUCUACGCAGGAGCAAUGGAACCGUUCUGAAGCCGUCAGAACGGCUGCGUUGAGGGAGAGAUGAACACAAGAAUGUGUUAAAUAUGCCACAAAUUCUCUCCCAGUAAACUCCCUCAUCUAGUCUAUACCUGUACAGACCUGCAUGUGCAGUAUGCACCACACCCAAUGUUUACUUCACCCCUUCGGACCUUUAGCAUCUGAGCAGUGAGCUACAUAGAACAAGUAUUAUGUAUGAUGGAAUGCUUAUUAGGCUUAUGAGUACUGCACCCGUAUGUCUGUAUGACUUUUUUUUUUUUGCCAACACUAAAAUCUUAAACUGUUUGAAAUUUCUUUGUACAACAUAAACAAUAAACUUAACUCUCAACUCAAAUGGGUCUAACCCAGUGGUGUACAGACUGGUGCUGUUCGUAAAAAGCUAGAAAAGUCCUCCUCUCGUCUACAUCUCUGAAUUCGGAUCACAUUUAGAUGCCAUUUACCUCAAGGAUGCAAUUUCACACAGGCUUAGCAAUGAAUUUAUUUACAGUAUGGACCAAACUCAUGAACUGAACUCUGAUUACAGUUGUAUGUUUAUGCCAGAACGCAGAUUGUUACUUUACAUUUACAAAACACUCAAAAACCGGAUCAAAUGAAAACCUUUCAAACUUGAAGCAGAAUUUUGGUAGUAAACAAUUGAGGUUGAUUCAAACUCAGGGAAGCAGCCUGGAUCAAAUUCCUCCCCUGCCUCAUUCUAAAGCAGAAAAUGGACAAUCUGACAGAUCUGCUUAUAGUGUGCAUCAGCCUACAACUAAGAAAGUGCUUUGACAUAAUCAUGCACUUUUUUUUUGCUUGUUUUCUAUUGUUCUUGGUUCUUUUUUUGAAUGACAAAACUGGUUUGUGUGCACUAAUCCCUGGUGGUGAGCUUUAGCAGAAUGCUUUAACACACAUGUCUAACAGCUGAAACACACACACACACACCCACACACACCCUCUCCCUAUCCUCCAUGUUGUGAUUUGCUGUACCAUGUGUGAUGUGUUCCAUCAUCCAUCAGUGGAAUGACUGGUAACUAAGCAACCGGACACACUCCUUCCUUGUACCAUGGGAGCCAAUAAUGUGAGCUGCAGAGCUCUUUUAGCCUUUUAUCGUGUUGUUAAAACCUGUCUUGAUUCCAAACCAACGCUUGUGAUUCAGUGGAUUAAAUGGCAAGACUUAAGUCUUAAGUAAACAUGAGCAGAGAAAUGUUGAUCGCCUCAACAGUGUAAUAUGAAAGCCAAACCUAAGCAAAAACCAUAUUGACAUGGUACCACUCUGUUGCCACACUCCACUAACAAGAGACUGAGAAAAUGGCAUUUAUCACUACGUAAUAAUGUCAAGUUGCUGCUAAUGUUCAGUUUUGUUGAUUUCCAGUAUGUAAAAGGAAAAUGAGCAGAUUCCAUGUUAACGCCAUUUCAUUGCCUCAUCUGUUUUUUUUUUUUUUUGUUUGUUUUUGUUUGUUGGUUUUUUAUUUUAAGUUACAUACAUGUUCCCCGUGAAUGCCAAAAAACCAGCAAUGUUCUAUAAUAUUAGGGAACUUAUUAGUGUUAGAACUCUAACAUAAAUGUUGUAUGUUAUGAUAUUCUAAUAAUAAUGAUGAUAAGAAACAAUAUAAUAAUAAUAAAAGACAUUAUAAAAAUGUCUGGAACAUGAAA